AUGCGUUGGAACUUGUCAACACAGUUCCUGCUCGCCGGCUUCAUUGACUAUGCAUUUGCCAGUUUGCAUCAUUACAAUGCCCAUAGCCAUCGGCAUCGUCAUUUGAUGCGCCGUAUUGAGCAGCUGGAGGCGAGGGGUCUUGCUUGGGACAGAGUGGACAAUAUUCAGGGCGAUAUGGAGCUGGAAUAUGUUACUCUCACAACUACUACGACGGUCAUUGGCAACUGCGCGCCUACAAACACUGUUACCAGUACGUUGACACUCGUGAGGGAAGACCCCAAACCUACAUUGAGUGCUUCGGAAUACUCCGCAAACAGCGUUGUUCAUGAGUCUAUGGUCCUGGAGCCCUUCCAAGCCCAAUGGAAUCAAGCACAGCCUCAUCGCCAGCCCAUCUAUCAUGCUCAGUUUCAGCCCAGACCGACUGUUCCUCAAGUCUCACGACCUGAGCCAACGGAAUCCGAGGAUAUAACGAUCACCAAGACCCAGACCAUAACGCGAACUGCAACAAACACCGUGAAGGUCACUGUGACUCCGGAGCCAGGCACAGCAGAUCCAGACUUGCCAGAGGUUGAAAACCAAGAACCAGACACAACAGAGCCAGACAUAACGGAACCGGACAUUCAAGAUCCUGAUAUUUCAGAAACAGACAAACUAUCGCUGGCAGAUACACUGCGCAGCAAUCCAACAGAACAACAAAAAGCCGUGCCACACCGAGGCCCGCCAAAGAAAGACGAUGGCACAGGCACCGUGAACGCAGUGCUCGAUCUCCCAAGCCAAGUCCUCCCGGACCUACCAGUAGUCGAUCAAAUCCUGCCAGGCCCGAAUGCGCACAAACCGGCACCCAUAUCCUGGACAGAAAGGCCGCCCAAAGGACAAUUCUCAUUCGAGCGAUUUGGCGGGCGCACAGCACCACUCGGGACAGAAAUCCACUACAAGGGCAACGUCGGCAAACCAUGGGGUAGCAACAUCAUCGCCGUGAGCGCCGAAGAAGCACACAAUUACAAAUACGUUGCGCAGUUCCACGGCGCACAGGACAAACCAUGGACAGUGGUCUUCUGGAACAAAGUCGGUCCUGACGGCAAGAUGACAGGCUGGUACGGACACUCGGCACUGACGUUCUCCAUUGCGCCUGGUGAAACACGCUAUGUCGCCUUUGACGAGGAUUCCGAGGGCGCGUGGGGUGCUGCGCCGGGGGAUGCUUUACCGAAGGAUCAGUGGGGUGGGUAUUCGUGCACUUGGGGUGAAUUCACGUUUGGGGACAGAGAGAAUAAUGGCUGGUCUGGUUGGGAUGUUUCGGCUAUUCAGGCGCAGAUUGCUAAACAGCAUGUGCAGGGUAUGUCAAUUUGUCAGGCUGAUGGACAGGGGUGUUCUGUUAUUACGCCGAAUGCUGAGAAGGUGGUGGAUGCGUAUAUUGAGGAGAAGAAGACCCGGAACGGGAUUGGAGGUGCUGCUUCGCCGGGGCCGGUGCGGUUGGAUGUUUUGCUUGAUUAUCGGGGUUAG